AUGGGGCGAGUUCAUUAAAAGAGGUGAGAGUUACAUCGACACCCUCUAGAUUUCUAACAGUCGGUUCCUCUCAAAAGCGCCACACAUGCGACGACGUCCAGUCACAUAUGAAUGGCAGAAGCUCGCCUUGCAGACCGCCUGGGGACAACCAUACAGAGGGCGUGCACACGUUGACCUGAUGAACCAUUUGCGGCAACAUAGCUGGUCGCCACGUCUCCCAACCAUCCACGACUUUUCGAUUGUGCAAUCAUCUCUGACUGGGAAGUCCCGCAUGUUGGAUGAACUGGCAAAAGAACAUCUUGUCAUUCCUAUUGUUCUGGCCUCAGGCGAUGUUGUCCGGGACUAUGCAAUGCCUCCAUAUCCACCCCCUGACUACGCGGUGACGAAAUUCUUGAACGGGCUAGCGAGAUCAACCACCAUCACUUAUGAAUGCAUAGUAUUCGUUCAAGCACUGCUGCAGCAUACACUGGACGUCCUUCAGCACUCCUUCGUCGAAGAAGCAAACAACGGUUUUCAUUGCCUUUGCUCGGCGUUCCGGGAAAAGAUGCAAGAGGGAAUGCGUUGGGGCGGCCACGGAACCUACCGGACGACGUUCUAUGACAACGUCAUGAGUCUGUUCCACAAGCUAUCUUCCACGCACCUGGACCAAAGACAGUGGUCGUACCGCACGUUUCCUGUGGCAAAUGUUUGUGCACGGCUGAUGCGAUUCUUGUACCAAGUUACAAAGGACACGAGGUUGUGCUCGGACAAACCCGGUAGCAUCCCGCCGAGGGAGGUCCUCCAUGAGUACCAUCCAAUGGUAAUCAUCGCUUUCGAUAACGUGCAGCAUCUCACCGACGGCUCGGAUGCGCACAAUCAUAUCGACUCAGGCAAGAGACCAAAGUGUAACGUCGCAGUAGAGUUGAAGCGGGUCUUCACCCAGCUGACUUCGCGCUACCCUGUCAUUGGACUGUUCUUAUCAAGCUCGCCGUCACUGUUGUCUGAAACAGUUCAAUCAAUGUCUCCAGCGUACGUGGACAGCGAGACGCGCAUACAGGAUGGGUCUCUACCCGUGUGGAUGGAGUUGGAGUUCGAUCUGGCAGCAUGCAAGAUCAGCAUACCUGAUGGCUUCUCUUUGACGGAAGUCUCCUCCGAUGAAUAUAUAUGUCACCUGGGUAGAGUCGGGUUCGGAAGCCUCUGGGACGCGGGAGUCGCGCAGUGGAGGGAGGACGCAGUUCCGCUCGCAGCGCAGCAACUCAUGCAUACGCACCAUCUUGACCAGAGCGGCAUGGCCUCUGCGCAGAUGCUCGCGUGCGUUUCUCAGCGACUAGCUCUCAACCUCGAUACCAUCCUCGUCAGCGCCGAACAGCUCGCAUCGAUGAGGCAGGUUCAGGAUCACAUGCGCUUAUGCUUCUUCAACAAAGUCUCUCGUGAAGAAUCGGCCCUGGAGGCGAUGUCGCAGUCCGGAUCUGAACCGCUCCUCGCUGAGGCGGCGUACUACGCCGUACACCGAUGUGCCGUCAACCUAGUCACUGUGCUGAAGACCAUCCUGGCGGACAUCCCGGUCGUCGCCGUUAACGGAGGGCAGUUGCUCACCUGCCUGUUGCUGACGCUCGCCCGGGACGCUACUGUCGGUGAGCCUGACGCUCAUGGCCGUCCUGCUCCGGGUCCUGGCGGGCGUAGCGGUAGGAUCAUGGAUGCAGGCGACUUCUUCCGUACCAUGUUCACCUUUAUGCGUGCCUCUCGCGUCGGACUCAUCGCAUCUCAUACCGAGGUCGGGUCAUCCAUCGACCAAGAGCGUCUGCUCGCAGACUUCGAGCGGGAUUUCAGCGACUGUCAAAUGUACUUCAACCACUUCGUUUCUGUCCCUCAGCGAGUCCUGCGGAUGAGCUAUCUGCAUGCAUUGUUGGCUCGGGGCGCAGCAGCCUGUUGCUCCCAACUCGAUUCUCCAAUCGAUGCCGUCCUGACCAUGGUCGAGGGUGGGCGCGCGGAGAAAGGCAGGGUCAACCUCAUUCUGUCGAAAGCGGUUCUUUCCCGCGACGGGCUUCCUGCAGAAGACACAUUCAGCGCGAUGGAUCCUUACACCCUUGGUAUCUGGGAUUCCGACUACGUGCCACAGAAGCCUCUGAUCCGCAUCGCCUUCGCCUUCGACGUCCCCCGAGCCCUUAGCGGCUUUCACAUCGCGCGCAGGGAGAAUGUCGACGGCCAGCAGAGGUCUUACGCCUCGUACGACAUCCGCAUUGCGGGCUUGUCGCCUGACACCACCGACGUCGUGAACGCUGACACAGAACAAGAGGCGAAGGACAUAUUGUUGAUGUCUCGGACGCUGAAGACGCGCUUCAAUCCUGAUCCAUAUCGCGGUAACCGCGUUCCUGUUCAAAUGUAUUCAUUCUCCAUGCGUCCUGGCGCUGACACGUACUAUGAACAUUGGCAUCGUUGGACAAAGGGCGUACGGUGAACACUCCACAGGUUGGUGAUGUGGGUUGCACUUCGGACGUCGUUCACUCGCUUCUUGAAUUGCUCCUGGCAUACUGGUUCCAUGUUCCUGUCGACGUUGUGACCCAACUUUACUGUUCUGAUGACCUAUCGCUAUACACCUUACUCCGAAUCUACGUCUGUUCGUCUGCGUCAUCACUCACGAGGAAGUCCGGUUCAAGUCUUCGCACACAAUAGCGAUAUGCUGUCUUGACACAUGUACAAGGCCAGAGCUCCCUCUUUUUCUCUGCAUUAAUCUUCUGGG